AUGGCGGACUACCUCCCUCGGAGCAUCGCAUGGGCCACUGCUGACAACCGCGCCUGCACCAUCCUCCUCGGCGCACUCCCUGAUACCCUCAUGCGCCGUUUCCAAGCUCGCGAGAUGCGCGCCUCCCUCAUCUGGGCCGAGCUCCAGGCCAUGUUCGAGCGUCGCGACAUCAGCUCUGUCGGCGCCCUGUUCCAGGAGUACUUCUCCAUCACCCUCGCCACUUGUGAUGGCGAAGUUGACUACGUGGGGCGCAUGCAAGAGGUCGUUGAUCGCCUUGCGGCACGCCAAGCUGCCCUCCCCGAGCCCCUGCAAAUCCACCGCCUCCUCUACAACCUCACCCCGGACUACGAGUCCCGCCUCCAUGCCUUCACUGAGGCCAACCCCAUGGCCGGCCUCGACGACGUGGUCCAGUGGAUCAUUGACACGGAGGUCAAGCUCCGCACCCCCGUUGUCAACCUUACCACCCCUCAGUCCUCCUCCUCCACCUCCCUCAACGCUACGCAGCCGCGCAACCAGGGUGGACGCGGUGGCGGCGGCGGAGGCCGUGGAGCGGGUGGCGGUGGUGGUGGUGGAGGCCGUGGUGGUGGCGGUGGUGGUAGUGGUGGUAGUGGUGGCCGUGGUGGCCGUGGUGGCGGUGGUGGUGGUGCUGGCAGCGCCCCUGCUGGAGGUGCUUGUUCCCGACACUUCUGGUAG